AUGAAGUUAUCAUUAGCCUUAGUAACAGCCACACUUGCUGCCAGUGCUAUUUGUGCCCCAGUUCCAACCCAAGAAGAAACAGAUAUCCAAAUCCCAGAAGAAGCCAUUGACAAAAUUAUCCCACUCGGUGCUGAUGAAUACCCAAUCAUUGCCAAACAUGGAGAUGAACUGGCUAUUAUUAUCGUAAAUGGAACCACUUUGGACGUAGCCUCUGAAACUGCCAAUGAAAUUGCCAAGAGAGAUGCUGAUGCUGAUGCUAGAAAAUUCGGAUUCCGUUGGACCAGAUAUGGUUGGUUUGAACCUUUAGCUAAGAAAGAUCAAGGUUCUGAAGAUUCUGGUUUAGCUAAGAGAGAUGCCGAAGCUGAUGCUAGAGCUUUUGGUUUCCGUUGGACUAGAUACGGAUGGUUUGAACCAUUAGCUAAAAGAGAUGAAGGUGUUGAAGAAGAACCACAAGGACUCGCAAAGAGAGAAGCUGAUGCUAGAAAGUUUGGUUUCCGUUGGACUAGAUAUGGUUGGUUUGAACCUUUAGCAAAGAGAGCUCAAGGUUCUGAAGAUGCCGUUUUAGCUAAGAGAGAUGCUGUAGCUGACGCUAGAAAGUUUGGUUUCCGUUGGACUAGGUAUGGAUGGUUCGAACCGUUAGCAUAG